GCCAGGCUCUGCGUUGUCGCCGAGCGAUCAUUAUCCUCCCGUCACAGCCGUUCCUGCUGCUAUGGAGGAGAGGUCGAUUACCGAGUACCUCAGUUCCUAUUCGAAUGUGAACAGCCCCGAGAGCCCGGACGACGGGGUUCAGCACCGCAAUGGUCACCAAGGGGAGCGCACCAUCGACCCGGAGGACGUGGAAGCGGAGGUUUUCGACUGGGUGCUUACCCACCUCGAGCCCAGACAAUGGCCCUUGAGUCUGAGCACUGUCUUGGCAAAGACUGUGGCACACCAGAUGAACACAUCCCUGAAGCUGAAGGCGGGGGGCUACACAGAUGAAGAUUUGGCUGUUGGCAGACUUCGAGCAGCUGCAUUGGAGGCACUGGCUGAGCAAUGUGCCAUCUGGAGAGAACAACCUGAACUGGCUCAAGAACUGCCCCACACACCUGCAGCAUCCCUUCCCGUGUCAGCACAUGGAGUGCGCAACAACAGGCGCAAGAUGGAGGAUCGCCACCUGGCACUCCCAGACCUCAACUUUGCACUAGGACUACAGGGCCUUCCACAGUGCAGUUACUACGCAGUUUUUGACGGUCAUGCUGGUGUGGAGGCAGCUGACUAUGCUACUGCGCACCUUCACCGCAACAUAGCUGCACAGCCAGACUUCGUGACCAACCCAGUGAAUGCUGUACGGGAAGGCUUCCUCCUGACAGACCGAAACUUCCUUCAGCGAUCUUCGAAAGAGGGCCUCAAGAGUGGCUGCACGGCUGUCUGCUGCCUUGUGCGUGAGCAGCAACAACUUGUUGUAGGCUGGCUGGGUGACUCGCAAGCUAUCCUAGUCAGGAAAGGCGUCCCCAUGUCCUUGGUCAACCCUCACAAGCCUGAGAGAGAGGACGAAAGAAAGAGAAUAGAAGAACUGGGAGGAAUGGUCCUGCUGAUGGGCAUUUGGAGGGUAAACGGCACACUUGGCGUUUCAAGAGCAAUCGGAGACGCCGAGCAUAAACCCUAUGUGACCAGCGAACCAGAUGUGAUCAGCAUGGACCUUGAUGGCACAGAAGACUUCCUCGUCUUGGGUUGUGAUGGGCUCUGGGACCAACUGAGCCCUCAGGAGGUGGCUGCAAGGGUGUACCACGCAGUUCUCGACGACCCUGAGAGUGCACCCUACGUGUCCCACACACUUGUGCAGGGAGCCCGAGACCUUGGCUCAUCUGACAACAUCACAGCAGUGGUUGUCUUUCUGCGUGAUCCUCGCGACUUUGACGCUUCAGUUAUCGACGUUGCGAGCUUGGUCCCAGAGAAAACUGCUGCGAGCGAGCUUCCUACACCACCCAUUGAAGAUGCUAAGGAGGCCUUCAAUGCAAGUGAAUUUGAUGCUACCAAGUUUAACAGCAAUGGUUACGGAGCCCACCUGUUUGAUGCUGAAGCUGUCAAUUCCCAUGCCUACGGGCAUGCCAACGAAAGUGAAAUUCUUCAGGUGGCGUCUGAUGUGGUGCAAGGGACAAUUGAAACGGCACUGCACAGGGUCAACGAAGAUGUCAUUACUGCCGGCCAAAUUGUCGAUCAAGUGCACCUUCUUCACACUGAAGAGAGUGGAAAGUUCCCAGAUUUGCCAGAACAAUUUCAUGGUGCUGUCCCUGCUGAUGGUGGUCUUGAGGACAAGUUUGAUCAGCCUGAUGGCAUCUCGCAUGCUGCUAAUGGAUAUGGCGACAACAUACCAGUGCACCCCGCUGUGCACCACAACCCAUUUGAUGACGAGGGCUAUGGGCACGACCUUGAGACAACAGAUUGCCUUCAGAGUUCAGCAGUUGCAGCAGCUCUCGAAGAAAGUGGCACUGAAAGUGCUGAACAGUUUUCUUCCUUUGUUGAAGGAGCUAAUGAGGCUAGCAACAGCCAACUCGAACUGGCUCAUGAACAGACUUUCUGUACAGCGUCGAAUAUGACGCCGCAGUAUCAGUUCGAUGCUGGCUCAACAGGCCAUGAAUUUGAGGCCAGGCAGCCUUCACCGAUUGGCCCUUGUGCGUUGCCUGAAGAUCCACAGCCCGUUGCUGCAGAACUGCCCGAAGCUCCUUUGGAGCCCGAGAUGUUAAGAGAGGCUGAGCUUCCAGAUGAAGGAGUGGAUUUGAGCACUCUUCCUGAGGAUGCCCAGGAGCUGGAGGCAGCGAAAGAGCAACCUGUGUCAUCGGUCGUUCAAGACGAAUGCCUUAGUGCAUUGCCAGAAGACCAACAGGAUUUCAAACCCGCGCAGUCUGGUGAUAUGUCUUGUGUUGUAUUGCCAGGUGCCACUGAGCAAAUGGCUGCAGUGGCUGAUCCCAUCCUUGCAGUACAAGAUGCAACUACAUUGGAUGUUGAACAUCCAGAUUACAUCCACGGAGAAAUCGGGCAACUAGAUAACAUUCACAGAGAGAUGCCACAGCCAGAUCACGUUCACGGAGAAAUGCCACAGCCAGAUCACGUUCACGGAGAAAUGCCACAGCCAGAUCACGUUCACGGAGAAAUGCCACAGCCAGAUCACGUUCACGGAGAAAUGCCACAGCCAGAUCACGUUCACGGAGAAAUGCUACAUCCAGACAGCAUCCACGGGGAAAUGCUACAUCCAGACAGCAUCCACGGGGAAAUGCUACAUCCAGACAGCAUCCACGGGGAAAUGCUACAUCCAGACAGCAUCCACGGGGAAAUGCUACAUCCAGACAGCAUCCACGGGGAAAUGCUACAUCCAGACAGCAUCCACGGGGAAAUGCUACAUCCAGACAGCAUCCACGGGGAAAUGCUACAUCCAGACAGCAUCCACGGGGAAAUGCUACAUCCAGACAGCAUCCACGGGGAAAUGCUACACCCAGACAGCAUCCACGGGGAAAUGCUACACCCAGACAGCAUCCACGGGGAAAUGCAGUCAAUGCAGCCAUUAGAGUCGCAGCAUGCCUCUGCUGAACGCAUCAAGAAUGGCGCUGAUACUGAAGUAGCGGCCAGUGGCCUUGGUUUUAAUCAGCCUCUCAGCAUCCAGUCGGACGACCUUGUGUCCAUUGAUCUUAACAGCUCAGCCAUGCAAUCACUUGCCGAGACAGGUGCAGCUCCUCGCACAGUAGAUAAUGCAUUUGCUUCUGGGACUGUUCCAGAGCCUCAUGAGGAUAUGAGCAUUGGAUAUUGUGCUGAAAGUGAUGCCCGCCAUGAUCAACCUGUCGGUGAAAGAUUGGAGAGCCUGGGUACAGAUGAUGCUGAUGACACCUCUUUGGGUGGGUCUGCAGAGUCAAUUGUUGAGAAAGUGGCUGCAGAACCUGUGCAGCAGGAGUGUGCAGUUCUCUUUUGUGAGCUCAAAGAAACUCCUCCUGCAGAGAGCAUUCUCGACCAACAGGUUGCUGAUGGUGAACAAAAAGUUGACAAUCUCGGCUACAACAUUCCUGUUGAGCAGCAAGUACCAGCACAAGUGUCUGAUCUUGGGCCCCAAAUUGAAGGUUCUGUACUUGGUGGCCUAGUUACUGAGCCUUUUGUUGAAGAUUCUUUUACUGUUCCUACAACUACCGAAAGCCCACACAUCUUUGAACAAAUGCCCGAAGAACCCUCCUUGCUAUCUGUGGACGCUCGCCUGCAGGUUCAGCCCCAGCAACCUGCAGCCGCUGCCAUAUCUCCAAUCAGUGAUGUUGAAAAGCCUUGUGAACAGCCAGACGAGCAGCAGAGUGCGAGUCUCCAGCCCCAGAGUCCCAUGAUUGAGAAGCUUUUGGAGCAGAACUCUGCUACUCCUCAGGAGGUGCAGUGCAUGAGCGAGCAAGUAAAAGCUACAGUUGACGAAACACCUGCUCCUGUUGUUGAUAUUGGUGCUAUUCCAGAGAACAUUCCGGAGGCAGAUGGAGUCACGGAAGACUCAGACUCUGAGAAGGACAGUGGGUGGCAAUUUGUAAAACCUGUGGAGCCAGCCAUUUCACCGUCAGGGCUGUUGUCAAAAGAGGCUUGUGACACUUUGAGCCAAAGUUCUUGCACUGUUGAGGAGACCAUUCAUGGAGAACAGAAGGAAGCAACGUUUUCUGAACAAAUUGCAAGUCCUGCUGGAGACAGUUCCAUUGAGCCUAAGGCAGAUGCCGUGUCUGAUGUGAAGCAAGACUCAUUACCCGAAACAAAAGUUGAAGUUGCAGCCACGCACACACAGGACGUAUUGCCUGAACAGAAGGCUAGCACACCAAAAGUUGCUGCCACAGCAAAGUCCUCUCCAGCUGCACAGAAAACAAAACCAACUGCUAAAGCAUCACCUGCUCCCAAGCCAAGGACUUCUUCCACUGACAAGCCUGCAACAAAGUCUCUCGCUACAAAAACUGAAACAGCUGCUAAGACUACGCCAGCAGCAAAGUCUCCAAUGAAAAAACCUGUUGCUGGCAAACCUGCGACAGCAACUUCAACACCAAAACAGAGCAGCUCAGCACACACUGCAGCAAAGAAAGAAACAGGCCUGACCCACAGAUCUGAGCCCACCAAGCCCAAAUUGUCUACACUUUCUACCGAUAUGCCAUCCAAGAAGCCAGUAGCCGCAUCUUCUAGACCUGCUACUGGGACUACGAGGCCCACCUCUGUAGCCUCAAAGCCAGUAGAAAAGAGCACAGCUCCAGUGACAAAGGCAAAACCAACAGCUGCAUCAGCCACAGCACCUCGUACAAGAACAUCCGUCGGAUCUGCAAUGACGUCUGCUGGCAAGACAGAAGUUGGCACAACUGAAAAAAAACCUGCUCCUAAGCCGGCACCAACUAGGGCUCCCAUUUCCAGGACUGCACCUAGAACUACGCAGCCUGCCAGCAGCAGCAGCUCUGCACCAAGAGUUGGACCAGGUGCACCAGCAAGUCGCUCGGCUGCGGCAGCAACUUCAAGGCCAGCAACAUCAAGGGUUGGUAGCACCUCCACCGCUGCCAAGAAGGCUGACGCCAGCCCUGCAGCUGCGAAGAUAUCUUCUGCGAGGGUUCCAGCCACACGAGAGGCAAAGCUCAACAAAGAGAGCACCAACCAGCAGCUGGCUGGUGCAAGACGAACAGAAACAACUCGGAGAACUGCUGCUGGCAGGACAGCUGCCACAUCAAAAAUGUCUGCAACGGCUGCAGCAAAAGCAACAGCAACGAGUAAGUAUUCGGCUGUUAGAGCAGUUCCCAAGGGUGGCGCUGCUGCUGCUGCUGCUAAGGCCGCUGCUGCUGCUACUGAUGCUGAAACCCAGAGCAAAGAAGAGUUGGCUGCCAACUGCAAUGGGACGCCAGAAGAGAAGGGCACCCUGGAAGAGAAGGACAACAAGGAAGCCUGUGCACCCGGCAGUGGGCCAGUCAACCUAAGCAAUGGCAGCCAUCUGGAAUGUGACAAGAUUGCUAAAGCUGAUGUCGUUGCAGACAUGCCCGAUGCCCCUGCUGUGGAUGUGUAGUUUCACUAUCUCGACUCUCUACUAGUCAUUCUGCUCUGUCCUGUGCUUUUUUUUUUUAAUCUUGAGAUGCGCAACAGUAUUUUUGACAGCUCCUUUUACAACGAAAAACGCGCAGGGACAAAAAAAAUGCAUGCAUGCUACAGAAUUAUAGGUACAAGGUCACUCUCAGUACGGGAAGUCUUUGGUACUUGCGCACCUCUUUUUAUGCAUCUUUUCAUUUACACAUUUGAUCGGGUGCAGGUAUUGACUGGUGCUUGUGCCAGGAUUUUUUUUCUCCCCUGCCUAUUUUACCUAGCGUAGUUGUAUGCAUAUGCUGUCAUGCCCUGUUCUGAAGUUUGUAGUUUUACUCUUCUCUCUCGAUGGGAGAGAAGGUUUGCGCCCAGAUGCGAGUGAAUACCAAAGACUGCUUGGAUGCCUUGCAAGCUUCGUUUUUCUUCUACUUUCGCAAGCCCCUCGCAGCAACUACGAAGUUGCAAAGGCAUUCAGGAAGCAGCAAGACAGACUCGCUUCUCGGGCCGGUGUUAUUUAUUUUUGCAUCAAGUGUCCUUAAUGAAAGAAACGAGGGGCUUGCCUUGUUUUAUGCUUGCGUGCUUGAUGACUCGAGGACUUGGUUGAAAUGCGAUGUGUCGAGCGAAAGGAGUAAGAGGAGACAUUUUGAUGCAUUUACCCGGCCGCGGUGCUUCCCCACUGACUUGUGGGUUGGUUUGAUCUGCAGGUGAACCUGAAUAUAACGAAAACGCUUCCGGCUUGAAAGUAUAGCUUUUCCGAAUAUGUACAUGUACAAGAUAUAUUAGUGAAAAAUGUUUUCAGUGGUUUACCAAAUUUACAGCAUCGCAUGUGCGAAACAUCUAUAUAUAUUUUGAGCGAUGUAAAAGCAAAAAUGUUGCUCGCUAUAAUCUGAUACUUGUCACAUCCUGCAUUUUUGGUUGCUAUACCAGCCAAAUUUGAUUCACUUAUGCCAGAUUUCGUUAUAUGAAGGUUCGGCUACUGUGAAAGCAAUGUUGCUUUCUUUUUGUUCUAAACGCUUCUCUUCCAGUUGCAAUUCAGCCUUCAGUCUUCUACCCGGCACUUGCUGCAGACGCGUUAGUCCUCUACACAGCUCUACAAUUCUUUUUAGUGAUGUGUUCAGCUUGCAUGUUUUCUAUGCAACAUUUAUAAAUAAGGUGCACUGAAGUGUUCCGACCCAAUAAACUCUUUGAUAGCACUUUUUAAUGUGGGGAGUGUCCCUUGCCUGCAACUAGGGCAAUUUCAUGUUGUCUACGACUUAUCUAUUUAAAGUAUGUAUUGCAUCACUUUCUUUUAGGGACCUCUUUCUUUUUUCUUCUGCAAUACCUUUUACACAUACUUUGCUGAAAUAAAAAAACAUUUUAUGAAUACACCA